AUGUCAGAAGCCCCACGUCUGGCUGAUUCAGUCGCUAGGUGGUCCCUAAUCCAUAUAGAUCAGGGAUUGCCUGGGGUAAAAGCACGCCUGACAAAAUUGCUCUGUUCGGGAAAAAAGCUACUGCUUGUACAGCCUAGCAAAAAGAAAGCGUCGGAUGUCAUCAAGACCGAUGUUAGACGCACAGGACGCCAUGGAUGUCGGCCAAAAGGACACGUCAACGCCUCGACAUGGAGUCUUUCUCAUGCUUUGUAUUUACAACGCCAAGACAGUCUCCACUAA